UUCCUCGACGUCUUUAUUAAAGACACAGGAAGGUGUGAUGACACCCGAAUGACAGAAUUAGCAGCAGGAACUGAUGUUGCGUCAUUUUUAUCCAGUAAAUCGACCAGAAAGAGGAAACAGAGCCAACAUGUAGAAAUCUGUAGCAGAGAAAAGCCUCACAACGUUCACAGAGAGACACAGAAUGGCUCUGCUGGAGUUCGUUUUAAUUCUGCUGCUUCACGCUGAAGCAGGCGUCAGUGGAGGAAUAAUCGAUCUCUACAAUAAACCUGGAGAUGAGGUUGUUUUACCUUGUAACAGUGAUGUACCAUCUUAUCCAUGUUCGAUUGUUAGCUGGCUUUACAACAGAGAUCAAGAACGUUCAGCUGCACAGGAGGUUAAAAAUGGAAAUGUUAAUAAAAACUCAGCUCGAGCUGCCAGACUGAGUGUGAACAGUAACUGCUCUCUGAUCAUCAACAACAUCACUGAUGAAGAUGUCGGUUUCUACAUUUGUAGACUUGGAGAAACAGAUUCCUUUGAUGCGCCUGUGUAUCUAAAUAUUCUGACUGUCUCUCCGUCUCCACCAGAUGCUGAUCUACAGAAGGAUGAAGUCACAUUAACCUGCUCUCUGUGGAGAUACAGUAACAUUAAUACUUGUAAACAGAGCAGCUUCCGCUGGUUGGAUGAUGAAGGAACUGAGCUGCAAGAUGAAAGUGUUGAUUUCUACGUCAACCAGACAAACUGUGUUUCCAGCCUGACUGUAAAACAUCAGAGAGACGAUAACAGAAGAUUCACCUGCCAGUUUGUUGAAGGAAAGAGUGUGAAGAUAGAAGCUCACUACCCACCUGAUUCUACAGGUUCUCAAAACCCAAAAAGCCAACAAACCAUCAUCAUCAUCGGAGCAGUGGUCGGGGUGAUGCUGCUGUUCUUCAUCAUCACUGUUGUCAUCAUCAAAUGCAGACGGAGAACCAAAGAGACCGAAGAUCAAAGAAUCACAAAUGUUCAAACACCAGCAGCUCAAGACGAUGAGACAGAGAACAAUGUGACCUACGCCACUGUGGACCACGCUCAUCCAAAGGUCUCCUCUAAGAAGAAGGUAAAAGAGGAGGAAGAUGUGGUGACUUAUUCUGCUGUAAGGACUAAAACUGAUGCAGAGGUGGACAACGAUCCCAGCAGCUACUACAGCUGUGUCAACCUACCUGAAUAAAUGGGAGGAAAUGAGACUUCUUCUGACAUCAGUGUGUUUAUUAAAGCUGCAGUCAGGAAGUGGACGGCUGAACUUUGUGCUCCACUGUUAUCACAUGUUGUUCAUCAUAUGAAAGGAUUAUAACUUUAUAAAUUAAUCUGCUUUUUAAUGCAAAGUAAAUCUAUUUUUCUGCAUGUAGCUACAGACAUUCAUCGAGGUUCUGCUGUAAUAUAACUCUAACCCUAAAAUAUUCAUGAAGUACGGUUUUGAAAAUGGAGGUAACAAAGCUGAGCCGAGAGGUGUGUGUGGAGUGUUAGCUAACGCUGUCCACCAACCAAACAUACAACACUCGUGUGAAAACCGGUGAAUUUUUAACAAACAAAAAACAAAAAGAAGGAAAGAAAUUUUUCAUGAGUUAAUUUUUUACAAUAAUUCUGUUGAAACAUGGUUGAAAAGCAAUGUCUGACUUACAUUGGUUAAAUUUCAUAGAAUUUUUAUUUAUUAUUACUUUUGUCAGAUUCAAGUUAUUUCUGUGAACAUUGUGAGUUUUUCUUUCAUUAACCGAAGGGUACCAACAAUUUUGUCCACGUCUGUACAUGUGCUAUGUAAAUGUCUUUAUGAUGAUCUCAUUGUUUUUUUCUUUUUAACAUGUCAUAUUUCACAAAGUUUUAGCUGUUAAAUAAGUUAAUUUGUUUUAGUAAUUGUACACAAAGAGUGAAAUCAAUUAAAGCAGAACAGUGUUAAUAUUUGAAUGGGACCAUUUUGUACUGGAAAAGUUGAUCCCCAGUUUACAAAAAGGUUAAGAAUCCCUGGUCUAGACAAGGUGAUUAGUCCUAGUUGAAUGUGGGCCGCAUUAAAUAAAUAAUAGUGCAAUAUUUUUCAUCAUGAAGAUUUUAAGUAAUUACCAAAACUUCACAGGUUUAUUGAUUUUGUUGUGUGUGCUGAUGUCAGCAGAUUAUAAUCCAGUAAAAUACAAUCAUUGCGCUUUAAUUUAAAUAAUUAGUCAUUCAUAUGGUAAAACUGACCUGGGAGAGCAUUUACAGAUAAUGUUUAAUAUUUUAAAUGUACUUUUAAAGUACGUCAGUUCAAAGCAAAAACCUGAUCAAGGCCAAACCAUGACUCAUCAGUUUUUGCUGCUGGAAUUUUAGGUAAAAAACAACUAUGUGUGGCAAGGAAAGUAAAUUAUUUGCUUCGCUUUCUUGCAAUCAAUGUAAAAACAUCACUAAAUGCAGCAAAAAAAAAAAUAAUAAUAAAAAAAACAAGUAAAAUAAACAUCAUAAAAACCCCUGAAAUAUGACAUGUGAGACACAUGACUUACUUCUGGAAGAUUUAUUUGUUGCUGGUGUUUUGUUUGGUGAUUAUAUUGUUCCCUGGUUGUUUGCAUUGAGUCAAGACUUGUGUGAAGCACAGUAAUUUUACCAAUAAAACUGAAAGUAUAUGGAAAAACACACGAUAGACAAAAACUGCUCUUCAGUCGGCUCAACUCACAAUCAGAACAGCUGUGAGUGUUCGACUUUUUAUUGAACACGCCCACAUAAAAUCAGUCUCGUCACACACCUGGGCCUUUAAGUGAAAAUACACAUUCACAAAUCCUUUCAUAAAUCAAUAAACAAUAACAUAAAACAUGAAUGAAAUAAACACAAAACAAUAACUGAGCAUCUGUUAACGCUGGUUACACCUGAUGACCACACCUGUGUCUUGUUUACUCCCUAAUCUGCCUGGUUUCCUCGGUCUUCUGUCAGAUUCUGUUCAGGUUUAAUUUAAUUUCCAGUAUAUAUUACGUCUUGUCUGAUUCAUAAGCUAAAAUAAAGGCCUUAGUUCUGGUUUCCAUAGAUUAUAACAGCUUUGUGGCCCAAUCAAACAACAAAUGGGUGGCUUGGACAUGAAAACCAAAGAUACGUUGGGACCACCAUUAACCUUACAAACCUGUUUCUCUGUUUCUCUUAGGAAGAGACAAGGUCCUCAAAGGCAGCUGAGGCAGAGUUUCAACUAUUUUUACAUCUUUUUUUCACUUCCUUUUAUUUUUAAUUUUUACAUUCUGUUU